AGUUUAGGCGCACUUUUCAAUGGACUCAAAUCGGGCGCUGCCAACGCGGAAUACUUACAACUAAUAAAAAAUUCAAAAUAAAUAAAACUAUUACAAAUAAAUUAUCAAUUAAUCUUUGUGUGCACUUAAUGUCCGGCCAGUGAGUCGCGAGUUUGGUGUGGAUUAUAGAGCAAUCGAUACCAGCCAGCGAGGAUGGUUCAGUUCCUGGGGAAUCCGGGCGCCAAUGGUGAACUAGUUCACAUGGUGACCCUGGACAAGACUGGCAGGAAAUCCUUCGGCAUCUGCAUUGUACGCGGCGAGGUAAAGGACUCACCCAACACCAAGACCACCGGCAUUUUCAUCAAGGGCAUUGUGCCCGAUAGUCCUGCCCACCUGUGCGGGCGCUUGAAGGUUGGCGAUCGUAUCCUCUCACUAAACGGCAAGGAUGUGCGCCACUCCACCGAGCAGGCGGUCAUCGAUCUCAUCAAGGAGGCGGACUUCAAGAUCGACCUGGAGAUUCAGACCUACGACAAGAGCGAUGACCAGCAGCAGCAGCAGGCGAAGGGAGAUCCGCGGAGCAAUGGCUACAUGCAGGCCAAGAACAAGUUUAACCAGGACCAGAUGACCAACAACAAUGCAGGCGGAGGUCAGGGAAUGGGUCAGGGCAUGAAUCAGGGACAGGGAAUGGGAGGCAUGAAUCGGCAACAGACGAUGCAGAAGCGGAAUACCACAUUUACGGCAUCGAUGCGACAGAAAUACAGCAACUAUGCGGAUGAGGAUGACGAGGAUACCCGGGAUAUGACCGGUCGCAUUCGCACGGAGGCGGGAUAUGAGAUCGAUCGCGCCUCCGCCGGCAACUGCAAGCUGAACAAGAUGGAGAAGGAUCGCGAUAAAGAGCAAGAAGAUGAGUUUGGCUAUACAAUGGCUAAGAUCAACAAGCGGUACAACAUGAUGAAGGAUCUGCGGAGGGUCGAGGUCCAGAGGGAUCCUAGCAAGCCGCUAGGCAUUGCUCUUGCCGGACACAAGGACCGCCAGAAGAUGGCCUGCUUCGUGGCCGGCGUGGAUCCCAACGGAGUUUUCGCCAGCGCAGACUUCAAGCCCGGCGACGAAAUUGUCGAAGUCAACGGCAAUGUGCUGAAGAAUCGCUGCCACUUGAACGCCUCCGCCGUGUUCAAGAAUGUGGACGGGGACAAGCUGGUGCUGAUCACCUCGCGGCGCAAGCCCAACGAUGAGGGCAUGUGUGUGAAGCCAAUCAAGAAAUUCCCCACCUCGUCGGAUGAGACCAAGUUCCUGUUCGACCAGUUCCCCAAGGCGCGCACGGUGCAGGUGCGCAAGGAUGGCUUUCUGGGCAUCAUGGUCAUCUAUGGCAAGCAUGCCGAAGUGGGCAAUGGUAUCUUCAUCUCCGAUCUGAGAGAGGGCUCCAAUGCCGAGUUGGCGGGCGUGAAAGUAGGCGACAUGUUGCUGGCCGUCAACCAAGACGUGACUUUGGAGUCCAACUACGAUGAUGCAACUGGACUGCUGAAACGUGCCGAGGGCAAUGUGACCAUGAUUCUAUUAACCCUCAAGAGCGAGGAGGCCAUAAAGGCCGACAAGGAGGCGGAGGAAAAGAAGAAGGAGGAGGCCAAGAAGGAAGAGGAGAAGCCGCAGGAACCAGCCACAGCCGAGAUCAAGCCCAACAAGAAGAUUCUCAUCGAGAUUAAGGUGGAUAAGAAGCCGCUGGGCGUUAUAGUCUGCGGCGGCAAAAACAACCAUGUCAAGACUGGUUGUGUGAUCACGCACGUCUAUCCAGAGGGAGCCGUGGCCGCCGACAAUCGCCUCAAGAUUUUCGACCAUAUUUGCGAUGUAAACGGAGUACCAACCCACGUGGGUGCCAUGACCACGUUGAAGGUCCAUCAGCUGUUCCACACUACGUACGAGAAGACCGUAACCCUCACGGUCUAUCGCGCCGAUCCACCGGAGCUGGAAAAGUUCAAUGUGGACUUUAUGAAGAAGUCUGGCAAGGAACUGGGCCUCUCCCUGUCGCCCAACGAACGUGGAUGCACCAUAGCGGACGUAAUACAAGGCCAGUACCCGGAGAUCGACAACAAACUGCAGCGCGGCGACAUCAUCACCAAGUUCAAUGGCGACUCACUGGAGGGCCUCACGUUCCAGGUCUGCUACGCUUUAUUCAAGGGUGCCAACGGCAAAAUCUCGAUGGAGGUGACUCGACCCAAGCCCACUCUGCGCACCGAGGCACCCAAGUAGAGACGACGAUCCUCCGAAAUCGAAUCACUCUUGCAGCAUUCAAUAAAAGAUCCGA